UUGUGUAACUUUUAAAUCUUGUUGUCCAUGGUUUUCCAAAUUUGGAAACUGGCAGAUGUCAGUAUUCUUUCAUUUUUAUUAUUAAUAUGCCAUAGUUAACAUGAAUCCUCUCACUGUUGGUAGUUUAAUAAACAUAAAAAGAAGAGAUGGCAGAAUUCAGGAAGCAAUAGUAUCAUGUAUUGAUCAAGAACUAAAUUGUGCCAAAGUGGAGUGGCUAGAAAAUGGAGAGUCCAAAGGCAAGGAUGUACAUUUUGCUAACAUUAUGUCACUGAAUCCAAACAUACAGAUACCCAAGACAUCUACUGCAACAAGAGAAAAGUUUACUACAAGUAAAAAGGUUGAUGACAAUUUUCUAAACUCAAGUAAAAGAAAAUUUUCAGCUUAUAGUAAAGACUCCAGGGUCCAUUCUGCCAAACCAAGGUUAAUAUAUAAUAGUAUUAUAAACUCUAGACAAGCCAGUGAAGUAUCAGUUGAUAGUAAACUAAUAAAUAACAAAACUACCCGAUCUGCUAUAGAGUAUAACGGCAAAGUCAAAGAAAGUGCUACUGUUAAAAAACUAAGUAAGCUUGAGAAAGACCGCAUAGAAAGAAGAAAGAAGCAUGCUGAAGUGAAAGCAGAAAAGGAAGCAAUAGUGAAAAAGAAUCAGCAUAAUCCCCACUGGGAACUAGGUAAUAUGAUUAUAGAAUACAGGAAUAAAAUUGAAUUCAAACCUUUAUCAUCUAAAGAUAACAAUAUCGAAGAUCAUUUAAUCACUGUUGCUGUUAGGAAGAGGCCUUUAAAUGGUAGUGAUUUAACGAAGAAGGAAAUUGACAUUGUAACCAUUCCAAAUAAAAACCAACUUAUAAUUCAUGAGCCAAAAUUUAAGGUAGAUCUUACUAGAUAUCUUGACAACCAUGUCUUUACAUUUGAUUAUGCUUUCAAUGAAAACUGCUCAAAUUUUAUGGUUUAUAAAUACACUGCCCAACCACUUGUUAAGACAGUAUUUGAAGGAGGUUUUGCUACAUGUUUCGCAUAUGGUCAAACUGGGUCUGGAAAGACAUAUACAAUGAGUGGCAAUUUAACAGAUGCCAAUCAAAAAGGUAUUUAUGCAUUAACUGCAGCUGAUAUUUUUAGAGACAUAAAUUCAACCAAGUAUAGAAAUUUGGGCUUAAGUGUGUCUUGUAGUUUCUUUGAAAUAUAUGUCAAAAAAAUCUCAGACUUAUUAAAUAACAAAAGAACACUUAAAAUAUUAGAAGAUGGCAAACAACAAGUUCAAGUAGUAGGAUUAACAGAACAUAGUGUUUCUUCUGUGCAAGAAGUGUUACAAUUAAUUAAAAUAGGGAACGAAGUGAGAGCUUCUGGACAAACAUCAGCAAAUGCCAAUUCUUCCCGAUCCCACGCAAUAUUCCAGAUUUAUUUAAGAAGAAACUCUAAUUUGAAAAAAAUUUAUGGUAAAUUUUCUUUAAUAGAUCUUGCAGGGAACGAACGUGGUGCAGACACAUUUUCUUCUUCAAAAUUGACUAGAUUGGAAGGUUCUGAAAUAAACCAAUCAUUACUUUCACUUAAAGAGUGUAUAAGAGCAUUAGGCAGAAAAGGGGCACAUCUUCCUUUCAGAGCUUCUAAACUAACACAAGUUCUGAGGGAUUCGUUUGUUGGCAUCAACUCAAAAACGUGCAUGAUUGCUAUGGUUUCCCCAGAUGUUAGUUCAUGUGAAAAUACUUUAAAUACACUUAGAUAUGCAGAUAGAGUCAAGGAACUAGGUGGAGAUACAAUUACACCUAAACCAACAGUGACCAUUGACUAUAACUCUAAUUCCACCAGCUUAAACAAUAUGGAUACCUUACACGUGCCUGUCCAACACUCUACCCCCAGCAUUGUUAAUCAGACAAAAAUGAAGAAUGAAGUACAUAAUCUUCAAAAAGAGUUUGUUGAAAAGGUUCAAGAAAUUGUCAAGUCAUCAAAUAGCAAUUUGGACAAUUAUACUCAUACUUUUAACAAUGUUAUUGAUGAUGUUAUAACUUUUUUAAAUGAAGCGAAAAUAUAAAUAUAUUUAUGUUACUA